UAGUAUUUUUCACGAGAGAAUAGUAUCAUUUCGCGCAGCUCGAUUGAUUGUGAGCUUAGAAAGUUUCCCCACCAUGAUUUACUUCCCAUUGCAUGCGCCAUAUACACGGUGGACAGAAUAUACUAAUAUAGGAACGGCUUAUUAUAGGACAGAGGUAGUGAAUCGUAAUUCAUAAGCUUAUGACCACCAGAUAUACUUUCUGCCCAGCGCGGCUUACGCAUAUAGCCGUACGGCGCAUGCGCGUGGCAGAACCAAUCAGAGCCAAGAUGCGCAAACAAAACCAAAAUUCGUUCAUCCGAUGGUACUAUUCUCUCGUGAAAAAUACUAUACAUAUGUUGUAUACACGUGGGUUUGUAUCUUAACCUUUUUAUAUAUAUUGCUGUCAAUUGUUGUUUAAAGAAAAAGAAGGAUUGCGGCAACAAACUUAAAAGAUCAGAGAAAAGAAGAAGAAAUGUUAUACGUAAUUGGCUUGGGUCUUGGCGAUGCCACUGACAUUACUGUGAAAGGUCUUGAAAUUAUUCGAAAAUGCAAUCGCGUGUAUUUGGAAUCGUACACGUCGAUACUUGCCGUUGGUUUGAAAAAUUUGGAAGAAUUUUAUGGACGUUCAAUAUUAGAAGCCGAUAGGGAAUUGGUUGAGAGCAAUUCGGAUGAAAUGCUGCCGGAAAACGAGGAAGAAGAUGUUGCUUUUCUGGUGAUCGGCGAUCCGUUUGGCGCUACGACGCAUUCAGAUUUGAUAUUGCGAGCUCGAGAAAAAAAUAUCAAGGUAAAAGUUAUUCACAAUUCUUCCAUUUUAACUGCAGUAGGAUGCUGUGGUUUGCAGUUGUAUCGUUUUGGAGAAACUGUUUCCAUUCCUUAUUGGAGCAAGGAUUGGAGACCUAAUAGUUUCUAUGAAAAAAUUGUAUCCAACAGGCAAAGAGACUUACAUACUCUUUGUUUAUUGGACAUCAAAGUGAAAGAGCCUACUCUAGAAAGCAUAGUUAAGAAGAAAAAGGAAUAUAUGCCGCCACGAUUUAUGACCGUUUCAGAGGCCGCUACUCAGCUGAUCGAAAUAGUGGAGGAAAAGAACGAUAAAAUCGAGGAGGAGGGAGCCGUUUAUAAAUCGAGCAUUGUAGUGGGUUUAGCUCGAGUGGGCUGGGACGACCAACGGAUAAUUGCUUGUUCCCUUGAAAAAAUGACUUCCAUCGAUCUGGGAUCGCCUCUUCAUUGUUUAAUUAUUCCCGGGCCAACGUUGCAUCCUCUCGAAUUGGAGUUUAUGGCGUUGUACACUUUAAACUCCAAUAACGGAUGACCGAAUGUGUGAAAAUAAAAACAUUUUAUAGUAAAAA